CAGUUUUCGAUGAUAUCAAUGGUAAAUCACAUGUUGAAUUUCAAAGUGAUGCCAGAAUUGAUUCAAAACAGGAUGUGUCAUUGUUAGACAGCGAUCAACAGCGUCUGUUAUCACUUGCAUGUAAACCUAAGACGUUACUCCAGAUUCCGUGGUUUGAUGGUCAACCAUCAACACGCUUUACUGAUGCACAAGAAUCGCUGGAUAUUGCCAUGAUUGAAUUACUAAAGAUUAGUUGUACUGAUGAUCGUUUAGUACUAGAACUGGCAUCGUAUUUACGUGGUGGUGCGGCCAGAUGGUUUAGAAGAAAUCUACAACACCUUAAAACAAGUAAGAAGUUUGAGCAACGAUUUCUUGAACAAUUUCAAGAACAAGUUAUAACGCAAAUGGACAGUAUAAAUGAUGGCCAAUGGAAUUCAUCUGGUGUUCAACAACGCAUGUCAACUGAUUAUUCAACAGUGAAUAAAAAUGCUAUUCAACAGUCCUCAGUUAAUCUAAAAACUGAUCAUUCGUCACAUGUUACUACCAACAGGAAUUUAGCUCGAAUGAACCAAUCAUCUGCAUGUAAAUUAGCAAAUAAUGAUUCGAUGUUAUUGAAUCACCCUCAACACUCAUUAAUAAAAACAACAGAAAUUAUGAAAGAUAAUCAACCACAUAUUUUAAAAUUUUCUGGAUCACUGAGUGAUGAUCCAGGUUCAUGGCUUGAUUCUGUAUUAGCUGUUAUUGAGAAUACUACUAUGAAUCCACAACAACGACGAGAUUUUGUGGC